AUGUCGGAUAAAUCGAACAAAUAUUUACGCAAAGAUAGGUCCAGAUUAUAUGAUGGGUCUGAAAGAACAAGUUACGUUAGCCUGGGUUCUAGAAGAACCUUGAUGAGGGGCUUAUCGCGACUGAGCACUAAUAGAACUUCUUUCAGCUCUUCAGUUACUGUUGAAAACGAGCAACAGUGCCAAGAUAUACUUUGCAAGAGAGGCCUUUUUAAAAGAAUUUUCUAUAAUAAUUUUAACAAUUUAUUCAAUAAAAGUUUGUUUAUACUAGUCAACUUUUCUAAUCAGCUAUUUAAUUUAAAAUUAUUAUUAAAUAUUAUUUUAGAUUUAAUGUAUUGCAACAAUAACUGCAAUAAGUACGGGACAAUACUGUUAAUUAUGUUUAUCAUAAACUUGAUUAUACUGAUUAGCGUUUUCCUAAUAAAUGAUCCUGUUACCUGUAAAAAGGAGCUCACCGGUUACAAAGUUGGGAUUGAGCAUUCGGUAAUGAUCGGUUCUGAAGAUUGCAAUUUGAAUAAGAACGAAAAGCUAAUAAACUUUGAUGAAAUCUACGUUUACUAUAAGCUGUUCAAUUACCCUUUCCACUUUUCAAGUGUUUAUAAACUGCUUAGCAAAAUGCAAAUAUCCGGAAAAAUCUCACGUAAUCACGGUGAUUUACAAUACUGUAAUACAUAUACCAAGAUUCUGAUCAAUGGGGUUAAUAGAAUCUUGAAUCCAUGCGGAUCACAUUUGGUUAACGUGUAUAAUGACCAGUUCAAGUUCUUUUCCUCAGUAAGCGAUAAAGACAAUAAAAAGGUUAUCAAAGAAGAAGAAAUUGAACUGAAUGAAUCAAGUGAAGCAUUAACAAAUAAUCAAGAGUUCGCAUUCAUCAAGAAUGUCUCAAAAGAAGAUAAAUUAAAUUUCAAUGAUUAUUAUUGGUUGGAUGACGCACUUGAAUAUUCAAAUGACUAUAAAGUUGGACUGAAUAAGAAUUAUGAUCUGAUUAAUGGAUGGAAUAAAGGAAAUAAGAUCUCUAAGCAGUUGAAUACAGAAAAAUCAGGUUCAGGUGUGAGGAAUGGUCAUUUUAUACAAUGGCUAACUCCGCCUCCGUUCCCAACCUUCACAAAGCUGUACGGAAUUUUAAAAGGACCCUUAGAACUUCCUCUCAAGCUACAGUUUAACAACAACUAUGAUGUUACCCUCUAUGGUGGAAAGAAGUUUAUUAUUUUGAAGGCCUCGAGAUUUAACAUGGGUCACCUCAUCACGUUUAGGAUCUUGUUCUCAAUAUUCACUGUCUUAUCCCUCAUUUUUGCACUCAUAAUGUUACUAUAUAAACCGAAGAAUAUGUACAGUAUAUUUAAUCUCUUAUAA